UCCGCCUCACACGGUCCUGUCAACCGAAGGUUACACUAUCUCGCGUAUCGCUUGCCAAUAUGUCAUUUUACCAAAAUAUUACCAUUAAAAGCGUCGGUUUGGACGAUUUUCCUGUCGUUAGUUUAUAGCCUUCGAGUAGGGGACGAAAAGAAGAGACGUAUGCGCCGAAACGAUUGCCGUUUUUAGACCUUUUAUCCCGGAGCUUGUUGGACGGGACAGCCGAGCAUCGACUGAUCUUUCUGACCCUUAUCACUCCCCCCUGUGCGUCUUGAAAUGCUGCCCAGGCUGCGGGGAGUCCUGCGGCCCGUCCUCUACAUGAGAGCCGGGAGCGGGCCCCUACGAGCUGGACUGUUCAGCCAGCAAGCUUCCUCCUUGUCCAGCCCGGGUGUGUCGGCCGCGCGGCGCCACCUGGGCACACACCCGCUGAAGGAACCAGUGGAGCCCCUCAACUCGCCCCGUGGAGCCAAGGAGUUCAUUUAUAGCCUCCAUCCGUCUGAACGCACCUGCCUGCUGCGGGAGCUGCACAGGUUCGAGUCCAUUGCCAUCGCGCAAGGGCAGCUCGAGAUUGCGCCACCUACCGCAGCACAGUUAAGAUAUGUUCUACUGCACAAUGCACUCCCUUUCGUUGGAUUUGGAUUUCUGGACAACUGCAUCAUGAUUGUUGCCGGCACACAGAUUGAGUUGUCCAUCGGUGUGAUUCUUGGCAUUUCUACUAUGGCAGCUGCUGCUCUCGGCAACUUGGUUUCUGAUCUGGCAGGACUCGGGCUGGCAGGUUACGUGGAGGCUUUAGCAUCUCGACUGGGCAUGCAGAUUCCUGACCUGAGUCCAAAGCAGGCAGACAUGUGGCAGACCAGAGUCAGCUCUCACACGGGCAAAGCCAUCGGCGUGGGGAUCGGCUGCAUCCUUGGCAUGUUCCCUCUCCUCUUUUUCAAGGACGAUGACGAGAAGAAAGACGGUAAGAAGGAGAGCAAAAAUGAGAAGAUGCAAGAACAAGCUGUGACAACGGAGGGCAGCAAGAAGUGACAACGUCAAGGACUGUUUAGUACCCUGUCAGGACAGUUUGGAGUUGGAUUGGUGGACCAAAAUGUCCGUCAACUCCCAAAAUAGUCUCAUUGUUAAAAAGACACCUGAAGACUUAAGGUGUCAUGUUAGUGCUUCAUUGAAGUGGAGCACGUGGACAUCUCCCGAAGACACAUGAUCAUCAUCAGCCUGCUGCUAUUCACUCUCCUUUUGCUCCAAAAUACUAAACUGUGACCUGGUUCUUCUCUCUGCCAGGACUGAGAGGAGUUUUAUUUAAUAACAGGAACACAGACCAGUUUAGUGUUUGUCUUGUUUUUGGACUAAAAUGAAGCUUGGUUGUGUACUGUUAAUUUGUGUGGUGUCACUUUGCAUGAUGGCUCAGUAAGAGAGGAGAAAGAUACCGUUUGCAUCAAGCACAUCCCAAACUUCGGCUGCUAGAACAGAAUCAAUAAUCAGCAUCUUUGGCUUCGGUUGUUGUGGGUUUUCUAAGGGGGGAGUGGGAGGGGGGGGUUACCCUGCAGUUGAAUCACUAAAUGAGACAAAAUCAGCUCUCUUGAUUGUCAUUUGGUCUUCGGGGUAACACUAACAUGGCAUUCCUUUGACAUUUGACAGGAGGCUUAAUGAUGUAGCAGCUUUUAAUAACGUUAAUACGUUAAGGCGUAUAUUGUGUCUCUACUGCCCUCUACUGGUUGUCAGAUGCACCGCCGCACACUCAAGAGACCGCAAUAUUAGGUUCCCCUGCCAACGAAUAAAACCCAAUUGCAGACGUGUACAACUGCUACUUCUGAUAUUUUGCCCUUCUUGUGUAGCUAAAAAGCAACCGAAAUAUUACAAAUAGCUUUUUGUCAGUCAAAACUGAGCUUUAUAUUAUGACCAGAUUGUGUGUUCAAUAUUGAUGUUCUUUAAAUAUAUAUAUAUAUACCAUCUGCAGCCUCACAAAUCUUAACUUAUAUCUUAUUUUAUUGUAUUCAGCAUUUUAAAUUGUUCUUAUGUUGUUGUUUCGCAAUUUGUUUGUUCCAGAAUGGGAGACUGUAGUAUAAUGUGUUUAUUUUUGUUCGAGUACUACAACCUAAUUAACUUUGUUGCUCCAUUUAUUUAAUCAUUGUUAUUUUUGAUGACCCGAAAAGAAAUGAAGUUUGACUGUUGUUUGUCGGACCUCCACAAUGCAUGCACUACUAAUAAAAUCUUAUUGUGUAUAUUUAUUUGUUACAAUCAAUCAGUAAUUA